AGUUUUUCACAUUUUAGAAUGGGGUGCCUCAGGACUGUCCAUAAUUUCAAAGGGUGCCUCGGGACUGUCCAUAAUUUCAAAGGGUGCCUCGGGACUGUCCAUAAUUGUAAAGGGUGCCUCGGGACUGUACAUAAUUUCAAAGGGUGCCUCGGGACUGUCCAUAAUUUCAAAGGGUGCCUCGGGACUGUCCAUAAUUGUAAAGGGUGCCUCGGGACUGUCCAUAAUUUCAAAGGGUGCCUCGGGACUGUCCAUAAUUCCAAAGGGUGCCUCGGGACUGUCCAUAAUUGUAAAGGGUGCCUCGGGACUGUCCAUAAUUUCAAAGGGUGCCUCGGGACUGUCCAUAAUUUUAAAGGGUGCCUCAGGACUGUCCGUGAUUUUAAAGGGUGCCUCAAGACUGUCCUGUCCAUAAUUUUAAAGGGUGCCUCAGGACUGUCCAUAAUUUUAAAGGGUGCCUCAAGACUGUCCAUCAUUUUAAAGGGUGCCUCGGGACUGUCC